GAAAGUGUGCCGGUGUUUGUUGUACCUAACUAUUAGCUGUCUGCCCAAGCGCACUAACUUAUACUCUUCGUGUGCGCCAUCAAAUAAUUAAACUAAGGCAUCGACCGAUAUGGCAUCUUGUAAAUCUUUUAUGCCUUGUUGCUUUUUUUCAUCUUUCAUAAUACAACUUACCUCACUUUCGGAAAAGUGUCAAGAGACAAGUCGACAUGGACAAAGGAUGUACGACAUUCACUGUCACACAUGUUGGCUAAUUCUGCGUUCAGAUGUUUGUUCGAUAAACGGUUUGCACAGCAACAACGUUAUGCAGAAAUGUUUCCGGAAAUUACGCUAUGGAUCACUCGUUUUUAUGUAUUGGUAACCGCUGUCUCGGGAGUUCUGGGUCGACCGCAGGAUAAUGGAUUCGGUUACAGUGACCGGGAUGGUGGACAGUACGAAGGGAAUAUUUACCACGGGAAUUCCUACACUAGUAAUGUGCAAGCCGCAGAGGUAGAUCCAACACAAGUUAGCAAACGGACGACGAGUAGUCCAUUCGAUCUGAAGCAGUUUGAUAAAACCUGCGAUCUGCCAAAAGAACAAGAGGUUACAGAAAGAGACAUAAGAGAAUUUCUGGAUUUAAAUCCACCUGUUCCCUUGAAACCUGACACCACAGAAUCGAAAGGGAUAUUCGAAGGAGAUAUGACCGCUAUGAAUGUUCUCGCUGAUUCAGCCAAUAAACAUAUUAUUACGCCGACGGCACUCGUCGCAGAGGCCAUGCGUUGGCCGAAUAAGAUCAUUCCUUAUGCAUUUUAUGAAAAGACUGAUAGAAAGACCAUCCUGAUUGUGAUGGACGCCAUGGCGGAUCUGGAACGCAAAACCUGCAUCCGCUUCUUACCGCGGACACACGAGGAGGACUAUUUGAAGAUUUCGCCGGGAAAAGCGUGUGCAUCGGAUGUUGGAUACCGGAAAGGACAACACUUGCUAUCCGUAAAUCCGGGAUGUUUAGACGACUUGGGCGCUAUUCAGCACGAAAUUCUCCAUGCACUGGGAUUUAUCCACGAACAGUCUCGACUAGAUCGGGAUGAAUAUGUUUUUAUCAACUUCAAAAACGUCAAACCAGAUCCGGUUAGUCAAGCGCAGUUUUACAUCUUCAAAAAUCCCGAAAUCACGGAUCUGGGCAUUCCCUACGACUACCUCUCCGUGAUGCACUACCCCAUGAACGCUUUCGCAAUUGACCGCGACCACCCAUCCAUCGUGCCGCGUCAAAAAGACAAAUACAUCGGCAACCGGGUGGAGCUGAGCCCGCUGGACAUUCGCCGGCUGAACCGUUUGUACCGCUGCGACGACAAUCCGCUCGACGAGAAACGCAACUCGAUUCCGCGCGCCGCUGCCGAGACGUACACCCGCACCUUCAAAGACUGGACCAAAUUGUGCGAUUUGAAUAAGGACACCCCGGAAGCCUGGGAUGAGGAUGCGGAUGUGUGCAUCAAGAUGUGCCGGAAGUUGGAUACGCGUGCUAUGGGACCGGAUGGGGAUAAUCUGUUUAAUCGCGCGGCUAGCAAACAGUGCAUGCACAAGCGGCAGUUGUGUGCCGGUCAGUGGGAUGCCAGUUAUGAAAAGAUGGAACAGCCGGGAUACUGUCGCAAGUACUGCCGGUUGGGCGGGUAUGUGGCCAUGCCGGGUAGUGCGCAGUGUGUGCAUUAUUCCAAGCUGUGCAACGGGAAGAGCGAUACCAAUAGUGGAGAAGAUGAGGAUCAACAGAUUUGCCAGGACCUAUGCCAGUCCGAGUCAAGCGGUUUUGCCGGUCAGCUGUUCAGCUCCGAAGAAGCGGGAAUGCGUUGUUUUAAGAAGGAAUGGCUGUGUGACGGACAGCACAGCGGUCCAAUGGGUGACCCCGACUACUGUGUCAAAUACUGCAAAGGCGGUGGCUACUUCCCGGUCGGUGACGAAAAACGCUGCCUGCAUUGGCGGAAAUUGUGCGACGGCUACAAGGACACGGUUAGCGGUGACGACGAAUCACCAGCCGUCUGCCAAGCGAUUUGCGCCCUGGCCAGUGACGAAGCCAGUGGACAGCUGUUCCAACUGCCGUCUGGACAGUGUGUCGAUAAGCGCUGGUUGUGUGACGGGGCGCAGCACGACAGUGCGGAUCUCAUGGAGAACAUGACGUUCUGUCGGGAGCAGUGCCAGGGCAAUGGGUUUAUUACCACGACGAAUAGUGCGCAGUGCCUGCAUGUGACGGAUUUGUGUGAUGGGAAGUUUGAUACACGGAACGGAUGGGAUGAGAGUGUGAUUAAUUGUCAGAAUUUCUGCCAGAAUACCAAGGACUGGCCGCCCCAGGGGGUGAGAUUGGAGACUGAAGCCAAGACUAAUCGGUGUGUGCUGGUGGAUGGACCGCGACGCCGUCGGAAGGGCGGACGGAAAAAGAGCCAGAUAGUUGGUGAUGAUACUGGUUCUGCUCUGUUCGACAUAACCCUUGGUGGACAAGUAUCGGACAACAACAUACUACUGCAAGGCAUGUCCAACUUCGCCGCCAACCAGACCAACGAGACCAUACCGGGUUUGCGUUCGCCUCCGUCAACGUCACUGGACUUCGUAUUUGGCAACGCAACUCCUCAUCAGGUAGCCGGAACGGCCAACCAAUGGGAAAUUACAAUACCCCAUAAGACGCAUCUGCUGCUUACUUGCUCGGGAGAGGAUGUGAUGACUGUCGAAUCAGCCAUGUACACGGCCGAGGGCGGUGCGCAGAACUGCCCGGCCUUGUCGAAUAAGCGAGGGGUGGCCAGAAAAUGUGACCAGUUACCGGCUUGUGGGUUUAUUGCCCGUGAUCCUUCGAAAGUGGAGGGAUGUAGGGAAAGGUCACUUAUAGUGAGAUACUCAUGCGGAGCACCCGUUGAAGUGUUCCGCACGGAUCCAACCGCUGAUAAACUGUGUAACCAGAACUCGACCGACGAUGCGGAUGAAACGGUCCAGUGUAACAUGUCAGCAAUAUCUUUGAUUCCGUAGCCAAAAAUUUUUUAUACAUUUUUAUGUUUAAGUUCCGACUAUUGCGGUAGCUGUUUGUGGUCAACUGGAAGGGAAGCAUAUCCUCGCAGGAAACGGGAUAAGAACGCAAUGACUUUGAAUUGUUUUACCUACCUGUGUCAGUGUAAUGUAUCGUAAUAGUCUCAUUCAAAGUUCCUGACAGUGAGUGGGGCAUGAAGCACCUCAAAUUCAUAUUUUGUAUCAGUCUGCAAUGCAAUAGGCAUCCGGUGCCCUUCGUAUACAGAAAUCGGCACUGCUCUUGUAGGUCUUGGUGGCAGUUGAACU